GCAUUGUGACCGGACAUGUCAUCAAGCAAACAUGGCUGCGUCCUAAAAACACAAAUGGUUUUCUACUCAGAUUUCAGUUUUCAUUAUUUGAAAUCAAAGAAAUUUAAUUUUUCGAACGAGAGAUUCGCGUUUAAAAUAUUGCCUAAUACAUACGUUGACGGUCUAAUACAACGACACCAAUACCGCGGCUGUCAACGAAAAUAAAGCUGUUGUUUUAAACCUCAAUGGUGAAACAUGGAAGCACUGCAUCUCCUCUCAGAUUUCUGUUUUCCGCUUUAAGGACUGAGAUUUAUUCACGACACCUGUGAUUUAUUUGGAGGAACCUCACGAAGCUUAAACGGAGCAAAAAGGAGCAUCUAGUUUCUCGGUUGUUUUCAAAAAGCGAUGUUUAUUCCUGUGAAGUCGUCAUAUGCAAGAGUGAGCCCAUUGAUCGUUAAUCGAGAGCUGGGGAAGACCAAGAUGAGAUAGCAAGAGGUGAAACGCUUUCCUUUCGCAGUAAUCGAAACUCGGUUCAGACCAGAAAACAGGAGAUUUGCCAAUCCUGAGCUUUACGAAACAGCUGCGGUCAUGUUUGGAGAUCUUUUUGAAGAGGACGGGGAUGGUUUUUCUUCUGCACCUGGUUCAGGUGUGAAGGGAAGAGAGUGCGAGCCUCCUCCACCGAGAGGGAAAAUCAAACUCUGCGGGAUCAAGAAUCAGGGCGGCACCUGUUACCUCAACUCACUCAUCCAGACGCUGCUCUUCACACCCGAGUUCAGGGAGGAAUUGUUCCAUCUCGGACCGGAUGAAUUAGGAUGUCUGGCUGACAAGGACAAACCGGAGGCAAAGGUCCGUGUGAUUCCUCUGGAGCUUCAGAGACUGUUUUCCCACCUGUUGCUGGUGGACGAGCAAACUGCCUCCACCACAGACCUGACGGACAGUUUUGGCUGGACGAACAAUGAGGAAAUGGGUCAGCAGGAUGUGCAGGAGCUGAACCGGAUCUUGUUCAGUGCUCUCGAGAGCUCUUUAGUGGACACUUCGGGCAGCAGCCUCAUACACCGGCUGUACCACGGGACGCUUGUCAACCAGAUUACCUGCAAGGAGUGCAGCUAUAUUAGCGAGAGACAGGAGGACUUUCUGGACCUGACAGUGUCAGUGAGUGGAGUAAGUGGGCUUGAGGAGGCGCUGUGGAACAUGUUUGUGGAAGAGGAGAUGUUUGAGGGUAAUAACCUCUACCGCUGCAGUGGUUGUGGUCAACUGGUUCGAGCCGCCAAGUCUGCUAAACUGAGAAAACUUCCCCCAUUCCUGACCAUUUCUCUGUUGAGAUUCAACUUUGACUUUACCAAGUGUGAGCGCUACAAAGAGACGGGGAGCUACGUUUUUCCUCUUACGUUCAACCUCAGACCAUUUUGUGAGCAGAGCAACUGGCCAGACUCUGAAUAUUCCUACGAGCUCUUCUCUGUCAUCAUACAUAAAGGAGGCUGUUAUGGUGGUCAUUAUCAUGUCUACAUUAAAGACAUUGAUCAACUUGGCCACUGGGAGGCACCGGAGGAAGAGAAGAAUGUGAAGAUGAAAGUUAAGACUCAGAAGCAAGAGAACAAAACUGAGGAAAGAAAGACUGAGAGUGAGAAUUCUCUAGAAACAGAGGAUCCACUUUCUGUUCUUACUGGCAUUUUGGCUCAGGAGGAGUCAAAAUGUGUGCUUGUAGACCAGCUGGGCCAAAAACUACUGAAUAAAAUCGGCACGCCAUGGAGCAAAAAAUAUAAAAAACAGUAUGGCUCCAUCAGCAAGUUUCUCCAGAGCCACCCUGAAGUGUUUAUGCUGAUCUCUAAUGGAACCCGUGUAGCUCUGAAAGCUGGUGUACCAACAGAAGCCAGUCCACCAGAACUAGUCAACUCCACAGCAGCGGACAGCUGCCCAGAGAACACAGAGCCGGAAACAGCCACAGCAGGAGAAAAUGAAGAUCCUGAUCAAUGUCACUGGUUUGACCUGAAUGACUCCACUGUGACAGCCAUUACAGUGAAGGACAUCGAGAAGCAGUUUCAGGGGAAAGAGAGCGCCUACAUGCUCUUUUACAGGAAGACAACUCUGAAAAGACCUCCAGAGGCUAUUGGAAACCCUGCAUACAAAGUGCCGCCCCAUCUUUUGGAGAUGGUGGAAGAGGAGAAUGCAGGCCUUCAGCACAAAAGGGCUGAGUUUGAUGCCAGCAGCAACAGCAUUGAAGUGCGGCUGCAUUUGGCGCCUCAUUACCACUGGCAAAACGGUGCCCUGCAUCCUUCAGCUCCAGGUGAAGACUCCAUUAUCACAGUCACCUUUGACCGCAGAAAGACUGUGGGAGACCUGCGACUGGCCAUCUAUCAGAUGCAGGAUCUUUGGGAAGGAGACAUGGCGUUGACUUUGGCUAAGAAUGUGCCGGCUGGGUUACAUUUGUAUGAUACUCUGACAGAUGACCAGAUGUCUUUGUAUAGCGCAGGAGUGCGUAACGGUUCUGAUCUCUUUGUGUGGAAUGGAAGAGAGGUCAGUGGUGUGGUGGUGCAAACCGGUGUGGAGUGGGAGCCUGUUCUGCUGACUGUGCUUCGACCGUCUGUAGAGGAGCUGGGCUGUAGUGAGGUUUCAGACACUGAUGGAUCUGGACUGGUGCGUUUCAUGAAGGGUUUUGCUGGUGGAGCUACUUUAGGCACAGUGCUCGAGGCUUUAGGGCCCCAGGAUGCCCUUCUGUGUCAGGAGCAGAGCCGUCCAGGGGCCAGUGGAGGCGGAGCUAGCGGAUGGAGGGUUUUCCCACCUCAGGACAUGCAGAGGACGCUGAGAGAGCUGUUUCUGAAGGACGGAGACGCUCUACUGCUGUUACAGCCAGAGGAGCUGGACAGCAGUAUCUUCAGCCUCAGUGGGGAUGUAGUUACAGUGACGACACCUUCAGACUGCCGCUGGUUGCAAGUGGAGUUUUGCCCACAGAGUGGAUUGAAGGAGGAACAGGAGGAGGAGGAAGAGGAGCAGGGGAAGAAGAGGAGUAAAGUCUCAGCUUCAGGGAACAUGCUGCUGGCAGUGGUAAAGCAAAAAGCUAUUGAGGAACUUUGCCUUCAGGAUGAACUUGGUGGGGUCGAGUGCUGUCUGAGGCAAAUGGAUCGAACUGGAAAACUUUUACCUCCAGUGCAUGAGCAUCUGAGUGUUCGGGAUGCUGGGAUCAGGUUGAUGACCUCACUCUACCUGUGCCCUGGACCAGUGCCAACAGCAACACAGUUGUUCUUGUACUUCAGUGUUGGUCUAGUGCCCUCUGUAGGCCAGGAGCUGGAGAUCAUUGUAGAGGAGUCUCUAACCGUCAAAGAGUGCCUUAAGAAGAUGUUGGAGAUGACUAGACUGGAAGGUGAAUCGUGGCACUUGAGGAGAGUAGACUGGUGUGAGGAGAUUGGAGAACCACUUAUGGAUGAGAAUGCAUCUCUAAAGGAGGCAAAAGUCAUUUAUGGGGACACACUGGUGCUGAUUGAGGGCCGUCUGCCUCCGAAGGGUUUCCUCAAGCUGUCUGUGAGGAUGUACAUGGACAUGAUCGACAGCUGUCCAGAGCUGAAUCACUCUAAGCCUCAAAACGCUGAGGGACUCGCCACAGAGUGCUCCGGAUCAGAGAUGAGAUUCAUGGGUUAUGUGGAGAUAUCAGAGGAGGCUUCACUUGAUGACUUUAAAACUCAGGUGAUGACUCUGCCAGCUCUUCAGGAUGUGUGUGUGCCCAGUCCCGCGUUUAUGCGUGUGUGGCUGCUGGAGGGCAAGAAACUGGCCAGGAUACUCAGAGGAAACCAGAUGACACUCAGGAAGCUGAAGCUAGGGAACGGGGCAGAAGUGUGUAUUCAGAGGCUGAUGAAGGAAGAGGACCUGGGGCUGAAGGAUUUAUUGCUGAGGGUUCAGAUGGGGGUGCCUGGAGAGAAGGCGUAUUAUCCUUCUGAGGAGUUUUUGUGGGACGCGGGGCGGGACGGUUCACCUAAGGGCCUGUACGCUGCUCUGGCCGCCCACUACGGCCUUGCUCCUGACAACCUGCUGCUGGCUAAACACCUGCCUGACAAACACAGCUGGAUGCCCAUCUCCAACUGGACUCAACAGGUCUCAAAAAGGAAGAAGAAGAGAAAAGCUGAGAGUCUCCAGGCAGCUCCUUUCUACCUGAAGGAUGGAGAUAUUAUUGGAGUCAAGAAUCUGCUAAUAGACAAUAAUAAAGAAUUUACCACUCUGGAGGAUGAGAUUGGCCAGCUGAGACUCAGGGAGGAGGUAGCGAAUCAAAACACGAGGGGUAGCACUGUCACUGGAGAAUCUUCACUAGACACCGGGUCCAAGAAGACGGGCUCUGCUAAAAACCGUAAACCCGAGGUGGCCUUAUCGAUCAACGUGGGAAUGUUCAGGUAACCCACACUUAGGGCCGCCUGCUGCUAUUCUGCUGCCAUACAGAAUAUGCUCUCCGAGUCUCAGAAGGUCGAACUGAAGACGCAGAGCCAGAGACCCACCCUCUGAACAAAUCAGAUUCUAUGGGACAAUAAUCUAAAACUGAACUUCAAGUGGGAAUAUGUCUCCAAUCAUUGAGAUUAUCUUGAAGCUUUUUCCUUGUCAAUUAUAUGCAAUUAACUCCUGGAGCAGAUCUCUUUAAGACUGAGAGGUCAGCUUCAGCCUCUGCCAAUGGAUUUUUCUGCCUCAAUUCAGAGAGAUUUUUCUUUUAGGGAUGGAUGUGAUGUGUUGUGUGCAACUCUUAUAUUCUAAGCUUUUUUAUUUUUACAAAAUCAUCAUGAUACUGUAUGGGAAAUGGUUUACACAGAUUAUGUGCAAUUAUUUAUCAUUUAUAAAGGUUCAUUCACUCAAAAAAAUAAAACUCUGAUCGUUUACUCACCCUUAUGUCAUUCCAAAUCACACUGAUCCCAUUUUAUUUGUGUAUGUUUUGGUGAAAAAAAGCUGGGUUGUAUUAACCCAUUGUUAGGUCAAAUAUGGACAAACUUAACAGUUGGGUUAAAGUAAUGUCAUUUAAAGAUUUUUUAAAAAAGUUAAAAUUUAAGUGGUUGGAUUUGUCCAUAUUUAACCCAAUGUUGGGUUAAUGAAACCCGGCAUGUUUUUAGAAUGUGUCAAAGUUGCCAUUUAUUGUAUGCAAUUGAUUUUUAGCCCUGGACUUAAAUAGGAGCAAGAUUUACUUCAGAUUAUCAAUGAAAAUAUAUUUACAUUUUGGCCUUUUUCUCACAGUAUUUCUCAAAAUAGCUUAUUGUGAUAUCGCUCUUUUUUUAUAUACAUUUAUGGUGCUUGUUUUUGUGAAAAUCUUCAAUUACUCAUGAAGUUUCUUUAACUUCAACUCUUGCUUUUUAUCUUUAGUCAAUAAAUCACGGUAAAAGCAUAUAUUUUCCAAAAAUAAUUAAUUUCUCACUGUCCAGUAAUCAAUUCAGGUUAGUUUUCAUGUCAAGCUAUCCAGUGUUUCAGUACUUUUUUCUUAUUAAGUUUAUGAAAUGUGUUUGGAUGAAUGGUAAAUGUGCUAAUAGUUUAUAGAAACUUUAAAACUGUCGGACCUCUGUAUCCUCUCCCACUGCCAUCAGCUGUGUAUGCAGAAAUAAUGCAUUGGACUGUAACCAAAAAACCCUCAGCCUUUUAUUGAAAAUUUAGUUGUUGUACAUGUAGAAACAAGAUUAAUGAAAAUACUCUUCUGAAUGAGAGAUGUGGUAAUCAGGGAUGUAGAUCACUUUUGUUGUUGUGUUUCAAUGAGAAAAAAAAUAGGGAUUGAUUUAAUCUGAAAUGGUUCCGAGUACAAAAACAGUAGUUCUUUAAGAACCCGUUCUCUUUAUGUAAUGAGUUGCAUGUUUUGUUAAAUAUUGUUUGGCUAACACUUUAUUUUGAUGGUCCAUUUGAGUAUUAGUAGACUGUCUGCUUAAUAUCUGUUGAUACUGCUUCUUCAACAGGCAUUUAACUGACUAUAAGAAACUUUGCAAGUACAUGUCAACUCUAACCCCAACUUUAACAGUCUAAUGACUGUUAAAAUCUAAUGAGAAUUAGUUGGCAUGUAGAUGAAAUGUAGCUUGAAUUCAACAAACGGACCAUCAAAAUAAAGUGUGACCAUUGUUUGCCUUGUUAAGUAGUACUGUUUUUAAAAAUGACAACAUGUUAAAUAAGCAUUGUUACAUAUGUAGUAAUUUUAAUUUAGUAAUUUUUUUGCAAUCAGAUUUUCUGUUCAUUAAACAAGUAUACAAGAAAUCCACCAUUUGGAAGGUACCAAUAUCAACAAUACAGUGUCUUCUGUAUCCUUGUGGCUAAAGUAAAUGGCAAAGUGCUAACUGGAACAAUUUAGUUGUUUUUGUUUUAGAUACAGGUGCUGGUCAUACUGGCCAUAGUUGAUUUCACUAAUUCCAUUUAAGAAGUGAAACUUGUAUAAUGUAUACACUCAUUUAACACAGACUGAUAUAUUUCUUUUGUUUAUUUCUUAAGAUUUUGAUGACAACUAAUGACAACCCCAAAUUCAGUAUUUCAGAAAAUGAGAAUAUUGUGAAAAAGUUUAGUACUGAAGACACCUGGUGCCACACUCUAAUAAGCUAAUAACUCAAAACACCUGCAAAGACCUGUAAUUGAUUUCUCAGUCUAGUUCUGUAGGCUACACAAUCAUGGGGAAGACAGCUUGACAGUUGUCCAAAAGACGACCAAAAGGUCAUUGCAAAAGAGGCUGGCUGUUUACAGAGCUCUGUGUCCAAGCACAGUUAUAGAGAGGCAAAGGAAAAGAUGUGGUAGAAAAAAAGUGUUAAAGCAAUAGGGAUAACUGCACCCUGGAGAGAAUUCUGAAACAACUCCCAUUCAAAAAUGUGAUGUAGAUUUACAAAGAGUGGACUGCAGCUGUAGUCAGUGCUUCGAGAAUCAAUACACACAGACGUAUGCAAGACAUCGGUUUCAGCUGUCGCAUUUGGACACCUGUAUAUAUUUUUUUAGUCUUGACAAUAUAUUUUCAGCCAUUGCAGGCGUGUACACAAAAUCAAAUAAAAACUACCUUUGCAGGAACUUAAA